GGUCGUCCAGCAGGAAGUGAGAAGCCGCUUAAGGCUCGGCGAGAAUGUGAGUUAUUGAAGUGUUUUCUGUGGAUCUUAGAUUAUUUUCUGUUUGUCGGAGUGAAAGUUUACCGCCGACACGUUUCUGGAUGGAACUUAAAGCUGCUCAGGUUGUGUUUUUGUGUUUUCUCUGCGGACUGAAGGCGGAUCCGGAGGACGGAGGAGGAGGAUGGUCGCUGCCAUCAGACUUCAGCUUACAGGAUGAAGGAGUUUGUAACAUAGACGUGUUGGACAGAUCACAGAUCUCAUAUCAGGAGUUCAUCCAAAGAUACGCUUACAGUCGGCCCGUCGUCCUCCGAGGAUUCACCGACAACACGAAAUUCCGGCUGCUUUGCUCCAAGUCGACUUUGUUGGAGGAGUUCGGCUCUCGGACGGUUAAACUGAGCACAGCGAACACUUUCUCCUACAGGAAAGUGGACGUCUCCUUCCAGCAGUAUGUUGACGUUCUAUUGAGGCCUCAGGCUGCAGACACUCUUGGCAGCGAAACUCUGUAUUUCUUCGGAGACAACAACUUCACCGAGUGGCAGAGUUUGUUCGAUCAGUACGAGUCUCCACCGUUCGUUCUGCCAAACACCAGCGGAGCUUUUAGCUUCGGCAUCGCAGGUGCAGGAACAGGAGUUCCCUUCCACUGGCAUGGUCCUGGUUACUCAGAGGUCGUUUAUGGACGAAAACGCUGGUUCCUCUAUCCGCCCGAUAAGGAGCCUCACUUCCACCCCAACAGAACCACCCUGUCCUGGGUCACAGAGACCUACCCAAACCUGCCAGAGGAAGAGGCUCCGCUAGAGUGUACCAUCAGACCUGGAGAGGUGCUGUAUUUCCCCGACCGCUGGUGGCACGCAACCCUCAACCUGGACACCAGUGUUUUCAUCUCCACCUUCCUGGGCUGAACUCGGCUCUACUUUUUAAACAAUUCCUUUUUUAAAAUCAGUUUCUCUUCCGUCGCAGGCUGACCGGAAGGAAAACGGGCUAAUUUUCAGGAGAGACAACGAGCCGUGACCAAGUCUGUUAAUCAUUUUGUGUCAUUCCUUUUUUUUUUUUUAAUCUGACUGUAGCCCUUAAAUGUCAACAAGCUUCCAUUAAUUGUUAUUUUAUGGUAUUUAAAGAGCACAACUUUUGUUUUAGAGGCUGGAUUCAAAAGGUGUUUGAAGUAACAGAUCUACUUGAAAGUAAAUGUAAAGAUCUUUUCUAGGUGGAAGCAGUGGUUCAGUCUCAGUAAUUCACACAACGACCAGAAUAUUUUCCACUAAGUCCAAUAACUGCAGCUGAAGAGAGUUUAAAAUGUAGAAACGUGUAAAUGUCUGAUGUUUCUCUUUGGGUUUAAACAAAAUCCACUUUAAAUGACUUAAUCGUCAUUCAAAGACUGUUGGAAAAUCCCAUAAUUCUGUGUUUGUACAGUUCCUGGCUGAUAAAUAUUGUCAUUUUUUGCCAUGUUUUAAAAAAAUAUCACUUUUUAAACCCAGGAUUUAGUAAAAAUUGACCUGAAAGUUGUUUAAGCAGAAAAUCAGAACAAUAAAAUCUUUAAAUUGACUUAAUGAUAACAUUAUAAAAAGACUGGACCAAGAAUAUGAAUUCAUUGAUAAUAAUACUGUCUCUUCAACAUUCCUGUAUUUAAUUACAAAUCCCACUUUCACUGGUGAGAUGCAUGAAAUGUUUUAUAUUUAUGUCCUCUAAUGAAUUUUACUGAGAAAUCUAAUGAACAUGUGGCUAAAUAAAGUUAAUAAAUGGAUAAAACUGAA